ACUGAAAGCGUCGAGAUGAAAUCGUUUGUGGUAUAUUCUCUGAUUGGACUUGUGCUCCUGGUUGCCAUCGCCGGAGUGCGAUGCGAUUGUGACGAUGAGAAGGCGCCCGAUGAGAGUGGCCUUACGCAUUUCUUCAAGAAUCUGGGCUGCAAGGUCAAUCAGGGGGCCAAGGAUGUGGCGGAUGCUGCCAAACCCUUCGCCGAUAAGAUUGGCGAGGGAGCCAAGGAUUUUGGCAGUUCGGUGGCCCAGAAAUAUGAUGAAUUUAAGCACAAGUUGACGGAUGAAGCCUCCACAACGCCAAAGGCGCCGGUUGCCUAUGAUGCUCCCACCGAGAAGGUGCCACUGGCCCCCAUUGGUGGAUCACCACCACCAGCCCUGUGAGGAGUCCUGAAAUCCUGGAGGAGUCCUUUAGUCCCUCCCUCCCUUUGUUGCAUAAUAUUUCAUACUUUUGUUUUAUAUUUUUUUCUUGUGAUCUAUAUGAAUAAAUGCGUAAUCAAGUGAUGUUGGACUCGUGA